GUACAUCAUCAGCGUUCUCCAGGAAGAGCACACAUGGCUGAGAAGGUGUCCACGUUGGUCGUGACACUCAACCAUGGCUGCUGCCGCUGCUUCACCAAGAUCCGGAAAACUGUCUGCAAGCUGCAAGAAACCGAGGACAUCCGGGUGAUUUCCUACGACGAGGUGUCCGGGACGGUGACGAUCUCUGGCGCCUUCGACCCGCUGGUGCUCCCCUGCAAGCUCCGGCGCAAGGCGGGCUGUGUGAUCAGGGACAUCCAGCUCGUGGCGGCAGAACUGCGGCUCACACCGCAGCCACCACCGCGUCCGGCGCAGCGACCAGCCAUGCUACUACCAAAUCCGUCGUGCUCGUGCUGCUGCGGCAUCUGCUGGUGCAGGAACUACGGCUGCUGCUACUGCGGUUGCCAGCCCUGCGCCUGCUUCGUGAACCACCCGCCGUGCUAUGGGCUGCCGUUGGGGCAGUACCCAAAGAUGGUAGUCGCCUGCGAGGAGGUGUCGUCUCCGGCGUGCAUGAUCAUGUGAUGUUUGCUUGUCUUGAGGAGACGUCGUCGUCUCCAGCAGUCCAGCGUGAAAGGACUUGCUAUUGCUAGUUAUUAGUUUGUCAUCUCGUGUUUCGAGUUGUUACUGUGGUUUUAGUCUUUUGUGGAAAGAACGUUGUUACUGUGGUCCUGUAAUCUGUAGUUUAUAGUGGAAAGCACCGAGCAACAUGGAAGGGUGAUCAAAGAGUUACUGUGGUUCUUAA